AUGGCAUCUUUUAGUGGUUUGGGUAUUGGUUUGAGUUUUGUGUUCGGUUGUAUUCUGAUGGGGCUUGUUGGGGAGUUGUAUUAUCUGUUGUGGGUGAAGAGAAGAAUCAGAGGCAGAGAGAACGAGGAUAAUGGAGAGACCAAGAGUAAGAGUGCGAGUGAGUUUGGUUUUCUUUUUUGUUGGAAGAAACCCGGUUCUGGGAUUGGCAGAACAGGGAUAGAAGAGCUCACAAACUCUGUGAGGAACCCAGAAACCAACUGCCAAAACAAUGACUUGGAGGUGGGCACAGGGAAGGAUUCAUUGCUGAAAGGAUAUGGGGAAGAAGGUGUGGAGUCAGAGCUGAUGAGGCUGCACAAUCUGUGUGGCCCUCCUAGAUUUCUUUUCACCAUUAAGGAAGAAACCAAGGAGGAUUUGGAGUCUGAGGGUGGGAGAAGUAGAAAGGGUUCAAGAACUAGGAGCUUGAGUGACCUAAUCAUGGCUGCAGAUACCCCUAUGUCUUCACCACCAUCCAAACCUCUGCCUAUAGAUUCUUUCAGCCUCCAUGGAUUCAACCCUCUCUUUGAAUCCUCAACAGACGCAGAGCUCAACCGCCUCAAAUCAUCACCCCCUCCAAAGUUCAAGUUCCUGAGAGAUGCUGAGGAGAAGCUGAUUAGAAGACUAGUGGAGGAAGCAGAGAGAAGUGCCCUCAGGGGUUCACUUCAAGAUUUCCCAGCAAAACCACCUUCCAAUCCACCAGUGGCCACUGAAGAAAAAGCUGGUUCUUUUAUGUCUUUUCUUGUUAGGAGCAAAGAAAGAGAGCUUCAACAGCCAUUGCCAUUGUACCAUUCAACUCCUUCUCAGGUACUUCCAUUGGCUUCUUCCCCUUCAGCAUUCAGACCAAUUGAAAGCAUAUCUGCUAUGCAAUAG